CAAUUCCUCCAUAUUGUGUAAUACUACCCUGAGCGUUCAUUUUAAUCGGUCAAAAUAAUCUCUAUAGCUCACUGCGAUGUCACAAUAUUUUGAAACUUUAAAUGGCGAAUAAGUCGUGAGUCGGCCGUAACAAUGAAGCUACAACUAUUCGUCAUCUACUGCAUUUUGCAAUCAAUCCACGCCACUGAUGAUAGAGAUAUUCUCGAAAAUACUGUAUUAUACAUCGCCGGCGGUAGAGAGGCACCAGACCGUCUAGCUCCAUACCAAUGUUCAAUACAAGAUGUUAUACAACAUUUUUGUGGCUGCGCUGUGAUCAAUUCAAACUUUGUCUUAACGGCCAGUCAUUGUCUCAUCUUAGCAACUCCGCAACAAAUCAAAAUUAUGGUUGGAUCCAAUGAUUUCAAAACUGGAACAUUCUAUGAAGCUGAACGAUUGAUAACGCACGAGCACUUCAACAAGCCGACCAGACUUGCCAAUGACAUUGGUCUUGUGAAAGUUAAGGGACCGAUUCAAUUCAACGAAAAUGUUCAGCCAGUAGUGCUGCAGGAAACAGCAGUUCCAGAUGGUUCGGAAGUUAUGCUAACUGGAUGGGGUAGAUUAUAUGCUGACGGCUACGUGACCAGAAAGAUGCAAUACAUUAUGUUAAAUAUCAUUGGAAUGGAUAAAUGCAACUCGUCAAGCGUAUCUGAAAAGAUCACCGAUAAUCUUCAAGACGGAAAUAUUUGCACGAAUGGUGCAGUAGGAUUUGGAGCAUGCAAGGGCGACUCUGGCGGAUCGCUCACGUAUAACACCAAACUGGUUGGAAUCGUCAGCUUUGGAAUUCCAUGCGGUGAAGGACAGCCAGACGUUUAUGCAAAUGUAUCAUACUAUAGUGGCUGGAUCAAAGAGCACAUUUCAAUCAGUCCAACCACGAUAACUACAUCACCAUGGCUGUAAAACCGAAAUCUGACUUCAUAUCUCGCGCUGUGGCAACCGGUCACAUUAAUAAAAUCGUCAGCACUGCA